ACUAACGGUCAUAUGUGACAAUCUCCUCUCCAUCAUCGUCCUCAGUGGAUUUAUUACUGAUCAGCACGAAGUCCCUCUGAUGGCAGUUGGCGCAGCCCACGUAGUUCAUCAGAAAUGGCAUCCAAUAAAACCCCGUAUGACAAUGUGGGAAAUGACAAGAAGUGGCCAAAACCCUCCAAGAAGACCAAAAAAACCUACUGUUUUUUGUGUCGCAAGUAUCAUUUCAAGAGUCAAGCGCUUGAACAUAUGCACGGAACGCUGCAUCACAGAGAGCUGGAGAAAGUGUUGGGCAAGGAUGCCUAUCAUCAUUGCCAGGCAUGUAGUACACUCUGCAUGGGUUUAAAAGAGUACAGUAAGCACAUCUCGACUGCUGAGCACAAAGCCGAGUUGACCACCUUGGUGUCCAAAAAUACAAAACCUCUCAGUCUGUUUCAGACUCUGGAUCAAGCCACCAUCGACAAAAUCAAGGAGAGAAACAAAAUCCUAAAGAAUAAGGAAAAGAAAGCAAGAAAAAAGAAAAAGAAAAAAGAGAAGCAGACAGAGGGUCAGAAGCAGGCAAAAAUGCAACAGAAAAGACUGAAGCUGAAAAGAUACCAGAAGGUGCAGUGGAAGAUCUGGACACAGGUGCAGGAACCUCAGCAUGAAGGAAGCAGUUAUGCUGUUUUCCAAAACCAGGAGAACCGUCUGCAAAGAUCUCUCCACUCUGCAGACUCAGCUCUGCAGAAUCAAAGCAGGAGAUUCGUCUAUUGGCCAGCACCGCCAGCAGGUCAAACUUGGCAUCACCCUCACAUUCAAGAUCAGUUCACCCAAUCAUCUCAACACCUGAGUUAUGACAGCAGCUUCUCUGUCAGCAGUGAGCUCAGCAGAGCCCCAGCUGAUAGCUCCCAAACAGACGGACAUCUUACAAGACCACACGAGUCUGAGUGGGAUGCCACUGAAAUGACAGAAUCAAUGUCUGCCGUCAGCCACACCGGCUAUCACAAUCGCGCUGCGUAUGGAGACUUCACCAGUGAUUGCCUCCCUCAGAAUGGAGCCAUCAUCUUUAGUCAGGGUCAGGGUGAGAGUUCAGGAUCUUCUCAGCCACGACAAGAAGUUUCAGCUCAGCCUGCCUCAGCCAAAAAAUCUGACAACGCAGCUCCGAUACAGGAUGUAGAUGUCGGUGCCAUGCUGAAGCACAUCAGAAGAGCGCUCGGUGUGAGGGAGCCGUGUAGAGCAGACCGAGAAGCCAGGAGGCGAAACACCACACUGCAAGCUGGAACUGAGGUGGAGCAGCGAACGGGCGCUUCCCUCAGGAACCAUGCCACCUCUGCUCCAUCUAGAACUGUGCUGUCUGCUCAGGUCAACACCCCUGCUUCUGCUGCUUCUGCUGCCGUUUCUUCUUCCGCUGUACCAAAAGCAAAUCCGAAACCACUCAGUAUGACAAAAGAAUCACCUCAGUAUUGCAAGACGAGCUCUGUAGCAGCAAAUGGACAAUCAAGCGGCAGGGAAAGAGAGUUUCAGGUGGCUGCCGACAGCUGGGCUUCUCUCAAACAAUCCACAGUCAAAGCUACAUCAUUUGAGCCCAAAUUGAAAAACACCACUAAAGUCCGAAUUGCCCACAAAGCAGCCAAAGAUCACGGGGACAGAGUGGCCAAACUGAAACCAACCCUGAACAAGUUGUGCAGCUUAUCAGGGGCCAGAAGUAAGUUGAGCUGGAGCCAGAUCUGUGACAACAUGAAGAAGAAGAAGAAGCUAAAAGGGCUGCCCAGGUUUGGAAUCGAGCUGGUAGACCGCCCAACUAUCGGAGAAAGCUCCACACAACCGAAGGACAUUGACCUGCCUCUGUCCGAAGGUUUCCACUGGGAGUCGAUUCCAGGCAGUCCUUCACUUCUGCACAAGACUUUACCACCUCCUCCGCCACAACAGACAACGGCCGCCAACUUUCGCUCAGAGACACUGUCAGAUACUCGGACACAAGAACUUUUGGAGCAGCCAGAUGCAGCUCAGACAAGCUGCAGCAGUCAGACGGCAGCAGGAUUCUCUGUGAAGGUGGCACUAAAUUUGAAGAAUGAGAAUGGAGAUCCGACCGACAACAGUUUUACGAGCAAGAGGAAACGCAAAAUGCUGACGGGUGAUGGCAUUUCUGACCCGGAGCCAAGAAGAAAAAAGAAGAAAAUGAACUCCAACAAGGACCAGAGUCCAAUGGACCAGCUCUUGGUGGUGUCGCUGAGGGAGGAGGAGUUGAGCUACUCGUUGCAGGAUUUGGACCAGUCUCUGUUCCAGGCCCGCAAUGCCCUGCAAGCUGCCUAUGCAGAAGUCCAAAGACUUAUGUUACUAAAACAGCAGUUCACUGCGGAGGUCAAUGGUCUGAGAGCAAAGCGCAUUGAGAUCCUGCAGGAAAUGCAAGAAGGGUACACUGGAGCAUCUAAUCUGGCAGAGAAACCCUCGACCUCUUCAGUACUGGUUGCUACUACUGUGCAGCCCCCUUCUCUUUCUACCUCUUGUGCCUUCCCUACGUCUUCAAGCCAACAAACACCUGCUACAACCUCAGCAUCAUCUACCCCUCAACCUCAGCCAACUCCUCCUGCUCUGUCAGUAAAGCAAGAAAACUGCAAGCUGCCCACAGCUGGACAGGCCGGUUAUUUUGCCAACACAGUGUCCUGUAACACUGAUGCCCCUCAGGUCUCCAUGAAGCAACCCGUGCCUUUAUUUCCCCCUAAUCUCCUCCCCUCUCUGCUGCCCCAACCGUCACACCUAACCACUCCUGCAACCGCUGCUGCCUCUGCUAAGCAACCCAUGGCAGAGAGCUCCACAUCAGUGAAUGCACCUCCUCCUGAAUCAUCUGCCAGGCAGCAGGAGCAAGAGAAACGGAAGGGGAUGAAGGACUGUGUGCAGACGGUGACGUUAGCAACAGAAGCAGAUCCAGCUGAAAGUGUUUGUGAGGAAGUGGCAGCAGGAAGUCACAGCAAAGGACAAGUUAAAUUAAGAGAGCCAGCUACUGACGAGCCUGUCCGCGAAAGACACAAGAGUGCUGCUGUAGCAAAUGAUGAAGGGAAUCAAAGCGAUGACUCUGUGGAAGUGAUUGAUUCCUCCAACUCGGUGGUCAUACAUAUCGAAUCUGACCAUGAGGAAUCACCACAGACAGAAUCUAAUGUUCCAGAGCAUCCACAGUGCGAUGCAGGCACACAGACGCUUCAGCAAACUGACACUGACAGAAAGAUUCAGCCUUUUUCUAUGACGACAAACGAAGCAACAAGUCCUGCAGAGCCUGCUGAGGAUGAAGAACCCUCCGAGGGAGCAUUUGAAGGUCACACCGGCCCCGUUCUCGGCUUGCAGGUUCACGAUGGCUUAUUGUACACAUGUUCAGGGGACAACACGGCGCGGGCCUACAGUCUGGUGAACAGAGAAUGCCAAGCAGUGUUCGAGGGUCACACCAAUAAAAUCAACUGUCUGCUGGUGUCGUCCCUCCCGAACAUGCCGACUCGUCUCUACACCGGAUCCAGCGACCAAACUGUGCGCUGUUACAGCAUAAAGUCUAAGAAGUGUCUGGAGCAGAUCUCCCUACCAGACAGAGUGUUGUGUUUGCACAUAGCCUGGCAUAUUCUGUAUGUUGGGCUCGCCAGCGGAUCAGUCGCUAGCUUCGAUUUAAAAACCCUGAAACAGCUGGAUGUGUUCGAGUGCCACGGCCCAAGAGGGGUGAGUUGUCUGGGUACAGCUCAGGAGGGCGCCCGCCGGCUGCUGCUGGUCGGAUCGUACGACAGCACCAUCAGCGUACGAGAUGCUAAGAGCGGCCUGCUGCUGCGCUCACUGGAGGGUCACAGCAAGACUGUACUCUGUCUGACGGUGGUGAAUGAUCUGGUGUUCAGCGGCUCCAGUGACACAUCUGUCCACGCCCACAACAUCCAUACGGGCGAGUUGAUUCGCAUCUACAAAGGUCACGGUCUUGCCGUCACAUCGAUUGUUAUCUUGGGGAAAGUGAUGGUAACAGCCUGUCUGGAUAAACUGGUUCGAGUCUAUGAGCUGCAGUCCCAUGACCGGCUGCAGGUCUACGGGGGUCACAGCGACAUGGUGAUGUGCAUGGCUGUACAUAAGAGCGUGAUCUACACAGGCUGUUAUGACGGCAGCGUUCAAGCUGUGAAGCUCAACUUGAUGCAAAACUACCGCUGCUGGUGGCAGAAUUGCUCUCUGAUCUUCGGCAUGUCGGACCAUCUUGUUCAGCACCUUGUUGGAGAUCACAGCAACCCGAACAUGCAGUUGCUCAAAUGUCGCUGGAGAGGCUGCGAUGCUUUUUUUGCCACACGGCAAUCCGUUAAAGAGGAACUGCCUGAACACAUGCAGAGCCACGUGGAGAACGACAGCGAGGUGCAGCCUUGACGAGAAGUGGAAGUAGCAGUCGAGGAUGGAGAUUCAUCCGUCGUGAAACACAAGCUCAUGUCCUUGUUUACUAGUUGUUUAAUGUGUGGCUUUAUAGACGCACAAGCUCUACUAAUGUUCAAGAGCAGAUUCAGAGUGUGGCUGAUCACAUCCUUGUGGUCUUAUGCAAACUACAUGAACUCUUUUGUUCUCUGAUCUGUGACUCGGGCAGAAAAGUCGAUCUACUGUUUGUCAGGUUUUCUUUUUCUCAGCUUUUGUUCUUGAUCAGUUAUCUGCGACCAUCUGUUGCCAGUAAUUAUUUGAUGAGUGCAGUGAUUUCAGUGCAUUUCCUGCAUUGAAGAAUUUCUGGAAUCCUCGAGGGAAGUUCCAGCCAGAGCCAAAAUGAUACGAAUUAAAAGUAUCCAUGAUUUGCAUUUGGGCUUUCAUUGACUCGAGCAUAAUAGGCAUUUUUGUUUAUCAAACCGUCAGAAAUGACAGAAAAAAAUGCAUAUUCCUGUCAAAUAUGCUGACACAGACUCAAAUCUUAUCCUGAAUUUAUUUCUUUACUUUUGCAUUGGUUGGUCAACACUUUUUCUUUUUUUUUUUUUAUCACUGUGAAUCCAUCACACAAGGCUUCAGACAGCACGUCAUGAGUGUCAUUACUUCUUAUGUGAAGCUAAUUGUAAAGAACAUUUCAGCAAAUAUGGCAGAAAUGUCCGAGCAGCUUAUUGUUUGAAUUCAACAGAACAGGUUGCAGAUUUUUCUCUUAAACGCCAGGCAUGCAUACAGUCAUCAAAUGUCCACGUUUGUCUUAGUAUAUCGUCCACCCGUACAGUUUAGUUAUUUUGUGCCUACAUUGCAACACAACCACCAACAGUUCACUUAUUGUUGUCUGUUUGUGUAACAGCUUCAAGUUCCCUGCUGAAUAUAUUCCAGAUUUCAUGUCUUUCAUCACACAAUGAGCUCUUUUUUUUUUCUUCUUCUCUCUAUAUUAUGGAGAUAAUAAACUGUACUUACCUCCAGACUCAGACUGUUAGCCCCUCUUACACCAGACGCAUUUAAAAGUAAUUCCUCUUAUGGUGGCAUUUUGAAUCAGUUUUAGGCCAAAUGUAAAACCUUUGUUUUGAAUUACACUUUUGCAUUUCUAAUACUGUAAUUCUAGAAAAUGCUCCCUUUUCUAAUUUUGUACAAUAUAUAUUUGAAACCAAACUGUCCAGAGAAUGAGAUAAAAAUCUGUGAUUCUGUAUUAGUCAUGCCUUAAGUUUUGUAUGUUCUAUUGUACAGUAUGUACGUUGUUUAAUACCUGCUGUAUGUGUACAACAAUAAACAGAAUAAUUUACA